AUGACCAUCUCUCGAAGCGAAAUUGCUCGCAUUUAUGGUAAAAUUCAAUUCGUGGACAGCUUCCCAGAUUACAAAGUUGAAGUGGUUGAUUCAUUCCCUGAUUUAAAGGUACAACUUGUGGACCACUGGGCAGAUUCCGAAGGAAAAUGGGAAAUCGUUGACAGCUUCCCAGAUUACAAAAUUCAAAUUGUGAACAGUUUUGCAGAUUUUAAAAUUCAAUAUGUAGAUCAUUGGCCUGGUUUGCCAUAA